GAAAACCAAAAUAUUACAGCAGCGACUCGUAAAAGUUUUUAGGUGGCGUUCUUUCAUAUAUUUUCCCAUGCUCUCGUAUUGUUUGAUGUGAAUUCAACAUCUUUUUGACCAGUUUUGUCGUAUCAACCUGGUCAGAACUCUAGAAUAUAACCCGUUUCCCCUUGCCGAGCGAAUCGAAAUCACGAAACAAAAAAGUGAAACCCCAACUGCGAUGACUAGCCCACUCUUGGUCGAAGGAGAAAAUUCGUAACACUGCUGUUGUUGGUACCGUUGGAAAAACUUUGUUGCCUAUAUCUUCUACCACCUGAACGUCUGAGCAAUUAUAUAGCUCACAGUGAUGUUGGAACCAACUAGCGGCGAACUGCAACAGAAGCAAGAGCUUGACAAAAAUGCUGUCAACGAGAUACCAGUUCAGGUGAAAGUCACGGAUGAAGAGAAGCUAGAUGCCACUAAGGUACGUGACCUGCAGCAGGAAUUGAAACGGACACGGGAUGAGUUCAAUCAGCAGCGGGCCAAGAUGAAAGAGCUGUACCUAGCCAAAGAAGCGGAAUGCAAGCGAUUAGCCAAGGAAUUCAAUCUGGCUCGGAAGGAGCUGGAGGAAACCAAAUCACAGAUGAUGGUGAUGGAGUACAGCCGGGAGAAGGAUUUGGAAGAGCAGAAUCGAAGAACGCAAGAGGAAAUCCAAACACUUCAGCAGCUGGUACAGGAAACGGUUGACGAAUCCACGUUUUGCCAGGGAGAGAUACGACGGCUGGCGGAGGAAAAUGAACGACUGAAAACGGAACAGCAAGAACUGAAGGAGGCACUGGUUGCGGCCCAGCAGGAUUCACCCGGACUGGCACCGGUUCUCAAUCAGGCGAAAAAGAUUAUUCGCAAGCUGGGGGCAUCCGAUUCCAGCAGUCACGACAAUCUGGAGGAUUCGAUGCGGAAGGUAAACAAAUAUGCUCAGGAAGAUGCUGAGGUUCUGCGCUCGUUGGUAGUUCCGUUGGAAGAGGAAAUCAAAACUCUGAAAGAAAAGUUACGACAUGCCUACGACGAGAUGGAGACUCAGCGGGGAAGCGAUAGUCGAAAGGCACCGGAAUCGGCACUGGUUGGAAUGCUGAAAGAGGCAGGUAAAUUGGUACCAGUUACGCCAUCUGAUAACGCUACGAAAGAAGAAGAAACGACAUGUAAAAUGUGCUCCGCCAACGAAGCAAAGCUGGUUCAAAGUCAAGAACUAAUAAACGGUGAGAAACUGAAGGUACAACAGCUGGAGAAGAGCGUAGAACGGAUGAAAGAGGAACUGGCUAAGGAGGGAGCUAUGCGGGGUGAUCUGGAGGCACAGUGGCAGCAGAAACGAGAGGAACACAAGGCUGAGGUGCAACGACUGAAUGAACAGACGAGCAAAGCGGAACAGGAGCUCGGUAAACUGCGGAAAGGUUACGGCCAGUUGAAACAAAGCGUCAACGAUGAAUUGCAAAAGCUAACGGAAGAACGGGAACAGGUUUAUCGGCAUCUGGAUAUGCUCCAGAAGGAUAACGAAUUCCUUUCCGGCAAAUAUCUGGAAAACUCGGAAAUGCUCAAGGAUCAGGAGAUCAACCUUCCUCAGAACAUUGACGAGCUGAACGAGCUAGUUCUGACGUUGCACGAAAAUUUGAUUGUCACUAAAACCGGUUGUGAGUUUGCCGAGCGAAAGACGCUGAGCAUGCAGGACGAGGUUACACUGCUCCGGGAUCAGCAGCAUCUACGUGAGCGUGAUUUGCGCCGCGUCGAAAGAGAUUACUCCAACAAACUUACCCAACAGGAGGAACAACUGCGUCAGCAGUAUCAGCACUAUCAAAGGUUGGCUUCCCUCAAGGAGGACCUCGAACGAGCCGAUGCCGAAAACAAGCGACAAAUAUCCGAAUUGCGAAUGCAAACGAUCGAACUGCAGGCAACCAACGAGAAACUGGACAAGCAGAAUGUCGAUCUGCGGAAUAAGAUGAGCGUUCUGCAGGAGGAUCUCGCCAACAAUGAAGCCGUCCAGAAGGACUUUGUAAAGCUAUCGCAAUCGCUGCAGAUGCAGCUGGAAAAGAUCCGCUCGGCCGAUACCCAGGUUCGCUGGCAGGACGAGGAAGAUGUCGAUCAGUGUCCGAACUGUCGGAAGGAUUUUACAGUGACCAGGCGAAAGCAGCACUGUCGCCACUGUGGGACCAUCUACUGUCAGCCGUGUCUGGUGAAAACUGUUCCCACCGGUACCAAUCGGCGCCCGGCGAAGGUUUGCGACGUGUGCCAUACCUUGCUGGUUCAGGACACGGCUCCGUACUUUAGCCGGGAGCCACCGCAAUCGCCGUAGGGGGUGGUGCAGCAGCGCAUGUCGUUCGUUUGUUACGCUAUUGAGCUGUUUAGGGCUGUAAAAAUCUAAAUAUUAAUAAUUAACGAAACAAGGACAACCGACCGGAAUCCAAAGCUAAGAGCAAGGCGAAAAAUAAAGGGGAAUCGUUACGGUUAUAGGGUGCAUGUUUUUAUUCUUUCAAUUUUAGUGUAAAUUUACCUUCGCUUUGUCGUAAUUAAAAAAGGCUAGAAGAAAAAAUUACUAACCAA